CCCCUCGCUAAAUUCACCCGGCUGAGUCGGGGUGACUAUCACCCAGAUAUCCGAUAUCCCCUUGAAGAUUAUGGUCGGAUCCUGUAGAAGAUAACAGAUUAAGCUGCUUAUCGCGGUGGAGAGAGCGACAGGCUCGACUGCAACUGAUCCCUGAUAAGUUAUCCUCCAUGCAUUCAUUCCACAUGGCGCUUACCCCUCAUUUGCAUCUGCUAGUCAGAGGUCAACCCAACAUAAACAAUCGACCCCUCCUUCCCUUGACCAUUCCUCACCUGCAAUCCAACCGCCAAAAUGGCGCCUCUAAUCGUUGACAUCCAUACUCAUGUCUACCCCCCUUCUUAUAUGCAGAUGCUUCGCGCGCGCAAAACCGUCCCCUAUGUUCAUGACCCAGCCAACAAUGCAACCCCUCGUCUCAUAAUUCUCUCAUCCGACGAUGACCCGUCUAUUCCCAUCGACGAGCGCGGUCGCCCCGUGGAUUCUUCUUACUCAGACAUCAACGUGAAACUGGAGUUCAUGCGACGCCACGGAAUCAACUCAAGCGUCAUCUCGUUAGCGAAUCCCUGGCUAGAUUUCCUCGAACCCGAAGAAGCGCAGACAUGGGCGGAGCGCAUAAACGACGACCUUGAGACAACCUGUGCGCGAGUGAACAACGAAGCAGAUCCAGACCGGACCAAGGCACUUCACGAGAAGGAGACAUUGUUUGCUUUCGGGGCACUUCCACUCAGUGCCCCGAGUCCUGAUAUUGUCGUCAACGAGAUCAAAAGGCUGAAGACAUUGCCACAUUUGCGAGGAGUGAUUAUGGGAACAACGGGACUUGGCAAAGGCUUGGAUGAUAAUCGGCUGGAUCCGGUCUGGGAGGCAUUACAGGACACAGGAUCGAUGUUGUUUCUACACCCGCACUACGGGCUACCGGAUGAAGCGUUUGGUGGUCCAGAGGUGAUUAGCCGCUACGGUCAUGUCCUUCCCCUGGCUCUAGGAUUCCCGCUCGAGACAACCAUUGCAGUAACGCGAAUGUUUUUGGCCGGUGUAUUCGACCGCUUUCCGCGGCUGAAGAUCCUGUUGGCUCAUUCCGGAGGCACGCUUCCCUUCCUUGCUGGUCGAAUUGAGAGCUGCAUUCUCCACGAACGCAAGUUUAUCGCCAAUGGGGGUGAUGUGCCAGGCCCGCAACGGAGUGUGUGGGAUGUUUUGAACACCAAUAUCUACCUGGACGCUGUCGUGUACGGCACUGCUGGGUUGAAAGCAGCAGUUACGGCAGCGGGCGGAGCUGAUCGUCUUCUUUUUGGGACCGAUCAUCCGUUCUUCCCUCCCCUGGGUGAGGACGACAAGGAAUGGCCUAGUGUGACGACCAAUUACAAGGCAAUCCAUGCCGCAUUUGACACUGACGGAGACGCUACUGCGGGCGUCUUGGGUGGCAACGCGGCACGUAUCCUAGAUCUAAAAUAGGCUUCAAAAUAAGGAUGCUAUCAAAUUUAACGACGCGAC